AUUUCUCCGGCCCAUCUUGGAAGUCAAACUCGGCGCAAGUUCAUGUUCUUUUUUCAAUUUCACCAUCUUUCCUAAGAAUGAACCUUAUGAUGAGACUGAGAGGACUGAGGUCAACUAACGACAACUCCCCGAAUAGCGAGUUCACCUUCACAGCUGUUUUCUUAGGACUGUUGAUAGGAUGUUUACUGUGUUUCACCAAUCUCUACUUUGGAUUGCAAACUGGCUUCAUCAGCAUGAUGUCUCUUCAAUCAUCCCUCAUAGGGUUCCUUAUCAGUCGCAUGCUUCCUACACCUCUUACUGCCCAAGAAGUCAUCGUUGUUCAGACAACUGCGGUCGCAACAGGAACCAUGCCUCUUGCUGCAGGAUUUGUCGGGAUAAUUCCUGCACUAGGUCUCAUGAAUGAGAAACAAGAUGGUUCUCCACCAAUUCAUCUCUCUUGGAUAGCGGGAAUCGGUUGGUCGUGCGCUGUUGCCUUCUUCGGAGUUUUCAUGUCUCCUCCGAUCCGGAAGCAAGUGAUCAUAGAAGAGCAGUUGGCGUUCCCUUCUGGGACAGCGACAGCACAGCUAAUUUCCGUACUACACGACCUUCCUCCACCCGAAACCACCUUACGCCAACGUAGAGGAUAUCAACGACUGGACACUGAAGAAGCCGCCGAGCCGCUUUCAUCUACAACGAAUGAAGAGACUGCCCCUCUUCAGCCGCCUAUCAGGGAGGAUUCUGCAAAGGCGGCUGGAUGGCGCGAAUUACUGUGGAGUUUUCUUGUUUCUGCCAUACUUACUCUCAUCGCCUACUUUUUCCCAGUUGUUUUUGCCAUACCGCUUUUUGGAAACUAUCUCGCGCGUAAUUGGGCAUGGUCGUUCACUCCAAGUUUAUCAUAUGUGGGACAAGGCAUUAUCAUGGGGUUACCUACUACUUUGAGCAUGAACAUGGGGAUGGUUGUCGGAUGGGCUGUUCUUUCGCCAAUAGCAAAGUUCUCAGGCUGGGCACCUGGACCGGUUGGUGAUAUGACUACCGGUUCUCGAGGUUGGAUUCUGUGGGUGUCGCUAGCGAUAAUGUGCGCCGAUAGUGUGGUUUCAUUGACGCCCGUCGUGUCCGAGUUUUUUAUGGACGUCGUCUGGCGCAAGAUUCGGGCCAGUAAUAGACGUGCCGAUGUUGGUACAAAACAGGACCAUGAAGUAGAGACAGAAGACCGGCUGGUCCCUACCAAGUGGGUGGUUAUUGGCUGGUCGAUUAGCGUGAUCAUCGGAACGUUGUUGGUGUGGAUCGUUUUUGGGCACGAAGGCAUCAAACCGUGGGCAACAUUUAUAGGCUUUGUUCUUGGUGGACUGUUGAGCAUUCUCGCGGUACGUGCAUUGGGAGAGACAGACAUCAACCCCGUCUCGGGUCUAGGAAAGAUCUCACAACUGUUCUUUGCGUGGAUUCAACCAGGAAAUAUCGUCGCCAACAUCAUCGCUGGCGGAGUUGCAGAAGCCGGAGCGCAACAAGCGGGGGAUCUCAUGCAAGAUCUGAAGACUGGUCAUUUAUGCAAAGCAUCUCCAAGAGCACAGUUUUACGGACAGUUAAUAGGUUCAAGCGUAUCCAUUUUUGUGACGACGACAGCCUAUAGUCUAUACACUCGAGCCUACCCCAUACCGGGACCAUCAUUCCCAGCACCUACUGCAUAUGUUUGGUUGAGCCUUGCGAGACUGCUACGGGACGGACAGCUUCCUAAGAAGGCUUCCGUAUUCAUGAUUGCCUUUGCAGCUUCCUUCGGUGUCAUCGCCGCUCUGAAGACCUAUGCUGUUCGAAGGCAAAUAUGGUGGGCUAAAUGGAUCCCUUCCGGCGUUGCCUUUGCUAUAGGUUUUCUGAACACACCCUCUUUCUCCCUGGCACGACUUAUCGGGGGUGUAUUGGAAUAUAUUUUCCGCAAACGAUAUGCGAAAGAUGAGAGUGACAUUCGGCUCAUCGUGGUUGCGAGCGGGUUUGUCCUUGGAGAGGGAGUAACUAGCGUUGUGUCUCUCUUACUGAGAACUUUUGGUGUCGGUGUAGCGAGCUGUUGGGGUUGUGGACAUGGACUUUGCGGUGGAUGCUCCUCCUGAAACUAAGUGUAGACUAUAUAUAUAGAAUACGGUUACUCGUUGACGACAAACCGCCAAUUGCUCGGAUGAGUCUGAUUUCAUAGUCAAAUGUGGAUUAUUGCGGAACCUGCUAUACUCGAAGGCCGCAUCAAUAAAAACUGUUACUGAG